ACUCACGCUAAAUGCAGUAAAGAAACAUUGCUAAAUCCACGCCAUAGCUCACAACGAAAUUAUGUAAGCUCAAGAGAACGUGAGGGCAUAUUGAUAUUGGGCUUGGGCCGAGCUUUGGAAGCAAGCCCAGCGUUCACCUUCGCAAAUCACGUGGCGUACGACACUGACUAACGGCCUUUUCUCAGCUAAACAAUACCCGGUGCGCACUACGCACCCCCUUAAAUCCCAUUUCCCGCGCCAAAACUCCUCUGCUCGAACAGCCUUAACAAACUAACAACCACGCCUUCCUCUCUCUCUUGAUUUCAAACCCCCAGAAAACUCCCUCCAAAUUCCAGAAAGCUCCAAGAAACCAUGGCGGCGGACUUCUUGGUCUCCCUCGCCGCCAUCCUCUUCACCCUCUCUCUCCUUCCUGGGAGCACCUCGCUUCCCACCACCGUCGGAGCCACCUACUCCGCCAGCACUGUCGCCACUUACGGCACCCCUCCCGCGCCCGACCGGGUGGCCCGUGCCGUUUCCUCCCUCGGUCUCUCCGCGCUCCGACUCGACGCCUCCGACCCAGCCAUGAUCCGCGCCUUCCUCUACUCCAACACCUCCCUCCUCCUCACCAUCCCCAACCAGCUCGUCCCGCCGCUUGCCGCCAACCGCUCCAACGCCCUCCGCUGGCUCUACAUCCACGUCAUCCCCUUCUACCCCCGCACCAACAUUGGCACCAUCUCCGUCGGCAACGACCUCCUCGAGUCCUCCCCAGACUUCUUCACCUUCCUCCUUCCCGCCAUCCGCAACCUCCGCCUCUCCCUCCAAGAUCUCAGCAUCCACAGGAUUUCCGUCUCCACCACCUUCUCUUUCAUAAACGUCAUCACCACGGCGUUCCCUCCUUCCAACGCCCGGUUCCAAGAACCGGCCGUCGACACCGUCAUCAGACCCCUCCUCAGGUUCCUCCGCGACACCAAUUCGUCGUUCUUGAUCAACCUCUACCCCUACAACCUCUACAAGAUGCGCAGCGAGAUCCCGAUUGGGUUUCCUCUGUUUCAGGAGCACCCAUUCGGAUUCCGAGACGACCUCACCACCGGCGUCCGUUACCAGAACCUCUUUGACAUGAUGGUCGACGCCGUCAUCAGCGCCAUGGCCGUCGCAGGAUACGAGAACAUUCCGGUGAUCGUGACCGAGACUGGGUGGCCCAGCUACAGCACCGACCCUGCCGAAAUCGACGCCAACCCGGUUUACGCCGAGAUGUACAUCAAGGGGCUUUUGUUUCAUCUGAGGUCCGGAAAGGGAACGCCGCUGAGAAGAGAAGGGGUUGCGGAGACGUACAUUUACGAGCUGCUCGAUAAGCAAGUGAGGCAGGGGCGCAAUUGGGGGAUUCUUUACCCAAAUUUGACCAGCAAGUAUAAGGAGAUUCAGUAUUCUGGGUCCGAUCGCGGAGGAUUCUUUGAUAUCUUGAUCAUGGCGGUUGGGCAAUUCUUGAUGUUUGCAUUACUUGCCUGGUAACGUUGCAUUUCCGACUCAGUUGCUUAAUUUCAUUACUGGGUAGCUCGAUUUGUUGAUUCUUGGAGGGUUCUUGGAGAUCUUUGAUCAGUAGAGUGGACUGUGAAUCGGGUUCAAUUAGUUGCUUUGAUUAGUAGGUGCUUAGCACAGUUUUCGGUUCAUGGAGGUAGCAACCUUAAAGUUGGGGCUCUUUUAUCAAUUGGGUUUAUGAAGAAACUGCUGCUAAUUACUUGGUUAGUAAUUUUGAUUCAUGGAGAUGGUGUUGGGGCUACAAUUUGUUCGGUUUGGGGUUGCUGCUCAAAGGAAUUACUGUUUUGUGUACUCUGUGAUUAGGGUAUUUUGAGUAGGAAAUAGUGUUUGUGAUGAAAGACAAUUGAACUACUAGUUCAUCUUGUGCUAAACAGGUUUUAGUGGAAUUUUUGCUGAAAAAAUGCAUGGUUGGAGCUUA